CCGGGCGCGCCGGAAGCGGCGCCUAACGGACGCGGCCCGCUCCCCGUUCCCUUCGGCUCUCGUUGCGGCUUCUGUUGCCGCUCCCACCCGGCCGCGGCCUGCCCCAGGAGUGUCAUGUAACAAAUUAAAAUUUUCAUCUGAACACAGAAAAUGGCUUCAAGAGGAGCAACGGAGACCAGUAAACUGAAACAAAACUUGGAAGAGCAGUUGGACAGAUUAAUGCAGCAGCUUCAAGAUCUGGAGGAAUGCAGAGAGGAGCUAGAUGCAGAUGAGUAUGAAGAAACCAAAAGAGAAACUCUGGAACAGCUGAAUGAGAUCAAUGACUCCCUGAAGAAGAUUAUGUCUGGAGAUAUGACUUUGGUGGAUGAGCUCAGUGCGAUGCAACUGGCAAUACAAGCAGCCAUCAGCCAAGCAUUUAAAACUCCAGAAGUAAUUAGAAUGUUUGCAAAGAAACAACCAAGGCAACUGAGGACAAGGUUGGCAGAGAUGGACCGAGACUUAAUGGUUGGGAAAUUGGGACGAGACCUCUACACACAGCAGAAGGUGGAAAUCCUGACUGCUCUCAGGAAGCUUGGUGAGAAGCUUACCCCAGAUGAUGAGACAUUCUUGUCAGCAAAUGCUGGUGCAGCCCUGAGCCAGUUUGAGAGAGUCUCCACUGACCUUGGAUCAGGAGACAAAGUCUUUGCUCUAGCAAGUUUUGAAGUAGAAAAGGCAAAACACUGAAGAGGUGCGUGAGGCUUGUGUCUCUCCAGUUAUCAGCAGCAUUGGAAUUCUGUCAUAUUGCAUUUGGGUGUUCUGUUUUUAACGUUGGAAAAAAGCAGGGCAAAGCAAAACACAAAUCCUAAACCUCUUGGGUUCUUAACCAGAAGAUAUGAAGCAAACAGCCUUAAGUGCACUUUGGAACCCUGGUGUCUGUAACCCUUAGUAAUGUAAGCUCUGAGGCUGAACACUAAGUGGGUACUCUAAAAACAAAAGCAUGGUCUGACUGUCUUUGGAAAGAAUCAGCUGUUUUCAACUUUUCUGAGUGUCUAUUUCUCUAACUAUUAAACCAUAAUCUUUUUGCAUGUGGUUGGAGUAAGCAGAUCCUUCUGUGGAACAGUCCUAACGAGUGGUUUUUGGGGUGAUUCUGCACAUUGCUUUCAAGUUGUCUUAAACUUUGUCUGGACUCACAUACUAAGUAGUUUGUAUGGGGAAUAGGUUGAAGCUCUGAAAAACUGACAUAGCUAAUUUGAAAUGCCAUCUUUCUACAAACUUAUUUGCAGAAGAACCCAGAUGAGACUGGAUGCUCAUCAUUGGCCCUUAGCUGCUUGUUUGCUGUGCAGAUGAACAAGCAUCAUUGUGUCCUAGCCUAGGCUGACAAACAAUGGAAGUCCUGUAGAGAAGCUUCUGGAGUAAUUUAACUUUGUGUAUUGAAAUGACAGGGAAUGGCUAGGAAAUGGCAAUGAGAAGCCCUUUGUGUGACUUUUCUAGUUUGGGGUAUUAAAACUACAUGCUACCAUUAUUUCCUGGUAUUGCUGGGAUAGCAUGAAAUAGCUUGCAAGCAGAAACAAGUUUUAAAAGGGUAGGGGGGGAAGCUCUCAUUACAUAUUCAAUGCAAGUGUUGCUCAGUCUAUUUAUCAGAUGGUGGAGCUGCUGAGAGAGGAGGGCUUGUGCCUUCACAAAGAAGUUAGGCUCUUGAAUAAUUUUCAGGGUGUUGUAAGAUUUAAAAUCACAUAUUGUUGAAUUUUUAUCUCCCCGUCUGAAGGAACUACUUGGGAUAUGUGUUUAACUUCCAAAUUAACUGGGGAUUUUUUUGGUGAGAUCCAUGUUAGGGAUCUUUUUCUUAAACUGCUGCCUGUUUCACACUUUAAUUCAGUACUUGUUAGCAUUUUGUGUUAGCUGACUGGAAGCCUGUAUUCCACUGAGAGUUUUUUCAGCUUAAGACGUGCAUUUCAAGUCUGCUCUACCCUUGGUAAAUAUUCAGAUGCUGACCUAAUGAUACUGGUAACCAAAAAGAAAAAAGACAUUUAUUGUUUGAAUUUUAUACCUGUUACUCUUCUUAUUCUAAAGGAAAGUAUACAGCUUCUAGCUGUAAAAACAAACAACAAAAAAAGGGGGCAAAAAACCACCACGCAAAAAGUACUUAAUGCAAAAAAAACAGUUAUUUCUCUCUGUUUCUGUGCAAGGAGAGUUCAAACAGAAGACAGUUUUGGAUCCUUUAGACUAUAUGUUUUAACAGGGAGUUAGUGCUUCCUUUCUUUGGGGAGCUUCAGAGGUGGAGAAAGUGUUAGCAAAAUCUCAUUGGCCAAGGGAGUGUUUGGCUGUGUGUGGUGAUGUGCUAUUGUUAUCUGGCACCCCUUAGAGAAGUGUGACUUGCCAGUUCCCCUUCCCAUAAGAUGGGGCAGGAAUGUAUUGUGAGAAGAAAGCUGCCAUUUUGUUGCUUUAACUCUGCAUAUUAUCUGGGUUUUAUCUAGGUGAUAACUUUUCCUUAAAUGAGAGCAAAGUGCAAUAACCAAAUGCAACAGAGGUUGAUGCUUAUGCAACAAAUGAUAUUAAAAAGAGGUGGAACAGAGAUCUCUACCUGUAUUGCUAGAGUGCUAGGUGUAUAUGCAGGACAACUGGAUUUUGUGCUAGUUUUAGUGAUUGGGUGUAUUUUGAUGUCUUAUUUAAGUUUGAAGCAUGCUUAUGAUCUGUCAAAUGUGAUAGAUGCUUUCACAGUCUGUUCCUGGAAAGAUAAGGAUGGUGAUAUUCCUGGAAAGAUCAGAAUUCCCAGGGAAUAAGUGAUCUUGUUUCCAUCUUGUUAGUGCUUUGAACUAUAAAAAUUAAGAAAUGUGCUAAAAGGAUGAUACUGAGAUUCUUUUAGUAAUGGUUUAUAAAGCAACUUUUAAACCCAAAUGUUGGGGGGAUUUAGUUCCAGUUUAUGGUGGAAGAGAAUGGCUGUUCUGGCAACAGUGGAGUUGACCCUGCCUUUGUCAGCAAAGAAGGUGGCCCACUGCUUCAAGGAAUCGUGUGUUUAAUGGAGCAGAACUUCUGUGUUUUACAUAUCACAUAUAUGUCUUAGGAUUUUAUAGCUAGGCUUGAGCUUCAGUGAGAGCUGCUGGUAAAUUGAGUAGACUGUGGAUACUCUCUUGCUAUGUUAAUCUCUGUGUCACUUAGAGACUAAGUGGGUAGCAUAGUCUCUAAACUUAAAAUUCAUGUGAUCAGUCAUUUAGAUCGCACUUAUGGGGCAUAAAUACCUUAUAAAUAAGGAAAUCUAAUUGUAAAGUAGGACUGGAGUAGGGUCAAGCAGGAAAUAUGUGGUUUAGAAUGUCUUUUGAUUUAAUAGGUUUUCCUUUGGAAAUGUAGUUUUUUAGAACUGAAAGGACAGACAGUAUAGACAGUGUCAUUGAUGUCUUUCACUGAUGGAACUUUGUUCUGCUUUCUUUUUACUUCGAUGAGGUCUUUUCUGUCCAUUAUAUCAGAACUGUUUUCCUGUCUGGGCCAGUGUUAUGUUCUCUGACAAAGGCUGUGAUUGCAGCUUAAUAGCUGAGAGCAGCUUAUUAAAAGGCAUUAUUAGACAGUCUAAAAUUAUUGAAAACAAAACAGUCCGUGGGGACUGUAGCUGCCUUCUUUUCCUUUCUGCUCAUUACUGGUGCUAAGUAACUCUUCUCCCCCCCCACACCCCCCAACCUGCUUGCAGCAUUAGUAUGUAAAUUAAAUCUCUUGGUGCUCCCACAGAUCUCAGUAAGUUUACAGUAUAAUGAUAUGGAAAUCUUUUGCCUUGUAGUUUGAGAGGUGUAUGUUUCCAGGAGAAACUCUUGUUUUGUUGAUUUGCAACUAUUUCAGGAUUCUUUCAAAGUUUCUGUACUGCAGGCAGUUGUACAACUCCUAUUAAACUGAUCCUUGACUGAAUUUAUUUUUAACGUUGUGCUCCUUCUGCUUUUGAAAAGCUUUCUCAUGGUUUAGAUGGACAAAGGUGUGAUUGAGAUCAGUGAUCAGUGUUACUGCAAGGUUCAGUAUGCCAGGCCAGGACUCCCUUCCCAACACUGCAAAGGAUCGGAAGGCAUAGCUCUGACCCAGAGGCUGGGUAUGUCCUGCAGAAUGCCCUGACUAUCAGUGCCAUUUAAAGAGGAAGCUAUUGCCUAUAUGAAGCUAUUCAUCUGUUGACCCCAGUAAAUAGUUGUUUAAGUCACCUGCUUGAAGUGGUUAGAUUAAUUUCAGAGGUGUGGUAAGUUAAUUGGUAUGCUGUGCUAAGUACUUUGCCAGAUAAUCCUGGGACGUACCUCCACUGCAAUCUCAAAUGUUUCUGCAGGGGCUAGAAAGAAGUCCACAAUCUCUUUAUUAUAAUGCAGUUAUUUGCUCAAAUAAAAACUGGUAACAAAAGAACAACUGCUAAAUGAAAGCACGGGUUUGUUGUUUAACAUACAAGCUUGUUUGAGUUGCACCCAGGCUCAGCUGUAGAGCCAGGCAGAUCACUUAUUUUCAACACCUCUUUCUCUCCUGGAGUAAAAUACAGGAUUAUGAGACUUGAAUAUCGAGUGCUGUGAAGUUGUUAUUGAUCAUACAUGCCUUUGAAGAAUAAAAGUCCUUUGUUUUUUGUUUAUCCUUUUUUUACUUCUGAAAUAAGAAUGGUAGAGUACAGUCACUUUAAAAACAUCAGCAAAGUUGCCCAGAGUUCUUUUUGGCCAUAUAUAACCCCUUUUUUUAAUCUUCUUUCUCUAUAAGGUGAGUCUAGUGAUUGUACUGAUCUAAAAGAAAGAGUGUUAGAGAAAAUUGAAGCUUCAAAUGCUCUGUCUCUCUUUCUUCUGUCUUUGUCUCUUUGUAUUAUUUCCUUUCUUUGAUCUUGAAUGGCAAAGUAGCAAGUUGUCUUUGUCUUAAAGCAAAAAGACAAGAUUUCUUAAGAGAUCCUUUAGUUCAUCAUGUUACCUUGCCUGUUAAAAUCAAGUUCAUUUUGAUGGAGAAUUCUAUUGUCUCAUUAGUGGCUGAAAUGGUAGGCAAAUUGAAAUAGAACCAUUUGGUUUUGUUCCCAGUAUGGCCAUUUCCUUCCUAUAGAAGGACAAAUACAAUUUUCACACUGUAAAGAAAUAAAAGCCAGCCUGCAGGCAUCUUUUAGCUCCUACAUUUCCAUUAUUUUUAAAUUAUCCUCACUGAGUUCUGGGGAAGUCUUUUCUAUUAGGGCAGUAAACUCUUCUUUCAAAUCUGUCUGCUUAGCUACCUACAAGGGAGGAACAGAAGUGCUCAUGUUGGGGAGGUUUUCUUUAGGACUCAUGGAAAAUGUGACACCUUGUCUUGGAAUGAGGUUGCAUAGGUUUUAACUUUUAUAGGGAGGGGAUAGAAUUACUGAGGUUGCCCAAGAUUGCUCUCCCUUCACUUUUAAAUACUCGAGCUUCCCACCUCAGUCACACAGGAGAUGCUGGUGUUGAGAGCAUCUGAAAAGGUGGCCUAAAGUUUCUGGCACUACUUACUCUGAAACAUUUUUUCUUCUUGUUAGUCUGUAAGGUAAGGUUUUAAAAGAGGAAAUAUAGCCAUAAGGAUAGUGGACAUAGGUGUAGGUAAGGCACUACUGUGCCACACACUGAAAUAUCUACUGUAAUCUAACACUCUAAUUAUUUAAUAGCAGAUUUAUUUUUA